CAGCCCUCGGAAUCCGGGGUUUAUAUAUCCAGUGACGCUCCUUACAUCAAGCGACCUGGGUAGCUCUGUCACUCCGUGUCUCCAGCUGCGACAACCACACGGUAUUAGUACCUCAAAUCGCAUUCCAGCAUGCUCUCCUCUACCUCAUCCGGUCUCUUGGCCUCUCUCCUCCUCCUCCUAUCCAACACCACCCCGGCCCAAGCCGCUUGCAACCGCGAAGCCCUCCUUGCGGCGGCCUCCGAAUUCGUCACGGCCGUGUCCACCGGCGACAUCACCUCGCUCCCGCUCUCCACCAACUCCACUUACCAAGAAAACAACAAACCGGCCACGCUCGCCAACACCCCAGUCUUCUCGCAGCCGCUCAAGAUCGACCUCUCGCGGUCCACCGCCGACACGGAAGCCUGCGCCAGCUACACGCUGAUCAUCUCGGCGUCGGGUGCCACGCCGUACGUGCUGGCAACACAGCUCCGGCACGCGGGCUCGGACGGCUCGGACGGCUCCGACAGCGACGCCGGCGCCGGCGCGAUCACGCUGGUGGACACGAUCGCGGCGACGACGGGCUCGCUCUUCUUCGACGCGGCCAAGACGCUGGGCUACGUGCGCAACGAGAGCUGGGCCGACAUCCCCGAGGCGGGGCGGCCCAGCCGCGAGCUGCUGAAGCAGGUCGGCGACGCCUACCUGGACAUGUGGACGGACCCGGCCGCCGCCGACUCGAUCCCCUGGGGCACCGACUGCGAGCGCGUCGAGGGUAGCCAGUACACGCGCCCGUGCGGGGCGCAGUUGCCGAGGGGGGGAAGCGAGAGGAAUAACGGGAACCGGAGGUAUGUGAUUGAUGAGGUGGUGGGGAGUGUGGAUGUGCUGUGUAGUUUCGAUGCGUUGGGGAGCUUGCCGGACAGCCAUGAGAUUCGGGUGGAGGACGGGAAGGUCAAGUACGUGCAUACGGUCACCGUUUGAGUGCGGGAGGGAGGGGCUGUGUGCGUGAACAAGA